GCCCUCGGGGCGGCGGGCCGGGCCGCGCGCCAUGCCCGAGGGCUGAGCGCCGCCGCCGCCCGAGGGCCUCGUCCCGCCCGGCGUGGGGCCCCGGCGGCCGACCAUGGUGCUGCCGCCCCCGGACCGGCGCCACGUGUGCCUGACCACGCUGGUGAUCAUGGGCAGCAUGGCGGUCAUGGACGCGUACCUGGUGGAGCAGAGCCAGGGCCCGCGCAAGAUCGGCGUGUGCAUCGUCGUGCUGGUGGGCGACGUGUGCUUCCUGCUGGUGCUGCGCUACGUGGCCGUGUGGGUGGGCGCCGAGGUGCGCACGGCCAAGCGCGGCUACGCCAUGAUCCUCUGGUUCCUCUACAUCUUCGUGCUGGAGAUCAAGCUCUACUUCAUCUUCCAGAACUACAAGGCGGCGCGGCGCGGCGCGGCCGACCCGGUGGCGCGCAAGGCGCUCACGCUGCUGCUCUCGGUGUGCGUGCCCGGCCUCUUCCUGCUGCUCGUGGCGCUCGACCGCAUGGAGUACGUGCGCACCUUCCGGAAGCGCGAGGACCUGCGCGGCCGCCUCUUCUGGGUGGCGCUGGACCUGCUGGACCUGCUGGACAUGCAGGCCGGCCUGUGGGAGCCGCCGCGCACCGGGCUGCCGCUGUGGGCCGAGGGCCUCACCUUCUUCUACUGCUACAUGCUGCUGCUGGUGCUGCCGUGCGUGGCGCUCAGCGAGCUCAGCAUGCAGGGCGAGCACAUCGCGCCGCAGAAGAUGAUGCUGUACCCGGUGCUCAGCCUCGCCACCGUCAACGUGGUGGCCGUGCUGGCGCGCGCCGCCAACAUGGCCCUCUUCCGCGACAGCCGCGUCUCGGCCAUCUUCGUGGGCAAGAACGUGGUGGCGCUCGCCACCAAGGCCUGCACCUUCCUGGAGUACCGCCGCCAGCUGCGCGACUUCCCGCCGCCCGCGCUGGCUCUGGAGCUGCAGCCGCCCCCCGCCCGGCGCAGCGCCACGCCGCCGCCCCCGCCACUGCACGGCCCGCCGGGCCGCCCCCACGGGCCCUCGCCCACGCGCGACGCCCUGGACACGUGACGGGGGCACCCCGGGGCGCCGGGCCGCGUGGCGGCAGGCGCGCGGUUUGCAUGGGAUGGGGUGGGGGCGGGCUCCCCACGGGGCCAGGUGCGGAGAGUGCCCGUACCUGGACCCCGCCCCCCCCCACUCCGGCCGCUUCUUCAUCUCAGGAAUCCCUCGGACCCCGGACCUCAGCCCGCGCUCGCCCAGUGUGUGCGCGCCCGCGCCGGAGCGGAAAGGGGCCCGCCUGCGUCUGCUGGGGGCCUGGGCGGGAGGGGAGGACAGAGCGGGCGGAGGUCUGGUCCCUUGGGGUCCCUGGGUGGGGGCCUCCGGCUC